AUGCCUGAGAUAAUCUCUGUCCAAGAGUUCAUCUCUCAGACCCAAGAGGAUCUGAGCUCUCCGACAACCUCCUCCUUCCCUAGUGACAUGGGCAGAUGCCGGAGAACCGUUUGUAGCCAAGAGGAGGCCUUGGACUCAGAUCGAACAGUUUUGCAAAAAAUGAGGAAAGCAGUGAAAGCAGAACACACAACUGGGCAAGAUCUCAUUAGCCAUUUAGAUGCUCAUAUUGCUGCUCAGGAGAGAUAUUCAGGAAACUAUCGCAACAACCAAGAUGAGAAACUGGCGGAAGCCUUUAUCACUUGUGCUGCUUUCUCACGGGAGCUGCUAAAUGCUGUCAAGAGCCUGUUGCAGAGUUUGUCUCAAAAUAUUAACUUUCCUCUGGAGUCACUGAUCAAGGGAGAUUUCAAAGGGGACUUUAAGAAACCUUUUGAAAAAUCUUGGAAAGACUACGACAGCAAACUCACAAAGAUUGAGAAAGAAAAGCGAGAGCUGGCGAAACAGUAUGGCAUGGUGCGAACUGAGGUUGUGGGAGGCGAGAUUGCUGAGGAAAUGGAAAAGGAGCGAAGGAUGUUUCAGUUACAGAUGUGUGAGUAUCUAAUUAAAGUGAAUGAAAUUAAAACCAAGAAAGGGGUUGACUUGCUGCAAAACAACAUCAAUCACUGCAAUGCCCAAUUCAAUUUUUUUCAGAUAUGUUUAAAGGCUACAGAGAAGCACAGACAGUUUAUAGAGAGUCUUGUCCCUGAGCUUCAUAGUAUGAAGGCACAGCAGGAGGAGGAGAAGAAGCAGCUGUGCUCCCUUCGUGAUCAGCUCAAAGCAGCACUGCAGCUGGAAUGCAAAGAGGAUUGUAUUAGUAAGCCGCUGAGAUACAGCAUGCACCAGCUGCAGGGAAAUAAGCAAUAUGGCACAGAAAAAUCAGGGAGCCUUUUCAAAAAGAGUGAUGGCUUAAGAAAAGUCUGGCAGAAGAGAAAGUGCACAGUCAGGAACGGCUAUCUGACCAUCUCACACAGCACGUUAAAUCGCCCUCCAGUGAAGCUGAAUUUACUCACUUGCCAAGUGAAGCCAAAUGUGGAUGACAGGAAAUGUUUUGAUCUUAUUUCACAUAACCGAACAUACCACUUCUUGGCAGAAGAUGACCGGGAAUGUGCUGUAUGGAUCUCUGUCCUCAGCAACAGUAAAGAAGAGGCCCUGAAUGUGGCAUUCAAACAGUCACCUGGCCGGGAAGGGAGCAGUAUGGAAGACCUAACUGGAGCAAUCACUGAGGAGAUAAAGCGCAUGCCAGGAAACAGCAUGUGCUGUGACUGCUCGGCAUCUGACCCAGCAUGGCUGUCCAUUAAUUUGGGAAUUCUGAUCUGCAUCGAAUGUUCUGGGAUUCAUCGGGAGAUGGGGGUCCACCACUCACGCAUUCAAUCCCUAGCCUUGGAUAAGCUGUCAACCUCAGAGCUCCUGUUGGCUAAGAAUAUUGGAAACUCAAGAUUUAAUGACAUACUAGAAGCCAAGCUUCCCAGUUCAUCUCCAAAGCCUAUUACUGACAGUGCUAUGACUCUUCGGAAGGACUUCAUCAUUUCCAAGUACGUUGAUAGGAAAUAUGCUGCCCAGAAAAUCACAGGGAGCUCAACAGCUAGGCUCAAGGAACUUCAGGAUGCUGUCAAAGGAAAGGAUGUAUUUGUCUUGCUUCAGGCAUAUGCUGAAAAGGUGGAUUUAAGUGAGCGUCUAUUGGAGCCCAGACAGGAACCCGGAGAAACGCUCCUUCACUUGGCAAUUCUCAUGUCUGACCGAACCUCUUUGCAUAUUGUUGAUUUUCUGGUGCAGAACAGUGGGAGCCUGCUGAAGCAGACAUCCAAGGGAAACACUCCUCUUCAUUACUGCAGCCUUCAUAAUAAGCCGGAAUGCAUUAAACUCCUUCUACGAGCCAAAGUCAGCAUUACAAUUACUAAUGAAGCUGGAGAUAUGGCCCUUGACAUUGCUAGGAAGAUGAAUUAUGCCGUGUGUGAAGAUCUGCUAUUUCAGGCUCAAAAUGACCAGUUCAAUAUGCGUGCUCAUGUGGAAUAUGAGUGGUGGCUGGGCCAAGAGGACAUGUAUGAAAGUGAUGACGAUCUGGAUGAAAAGCUCAGUCCUGUAAACAAAGAACGUAUUCUGCGACCUCAAAGCUGCUAUAAUCCACCAGGAACAGCCUCUCAGCUGUGGAGAAACACUUCUGAAUUUUCAAAGGGAUCCAGUCCAGCUCUGAAGGACAAAUGCAACGACAUGUAUGCCAUCCCACAUGCUUCUGCCUCUAGUGUUGUGGCAAAAGCGGUCUCCCCUGUUUCUGCUUGUUCUGGCCCACCUCUGCCGCCACGCAAUGUACCCAAAGCACCCAGUUUCUCACCUCCAUUGCCCCCAGUGAGCAGGCCAGCUUUUCCUACAGAUACAGGAGCUAGAAAGGUUCUACCACCACCUCUGACUAUUCGACAUAAACGGACCUCCUCAGAGCCUUCCCCCUAUACACCAUUGAACAACACCACUCUGGCUGAAGAUUCUAGGUCAUUCUCACCUCCAAGACACCACUCUCCAGACGGAGCCUGUCCCAAGAGUUUGAGCUCUGAGUCUUCUGAUCUUCCUGAAAGGAUGGAUUCCUGGAAGAAAUCUUCCUUGAAAAAAACAGAGACCCUUACAGGGACAAACCGACAGAUUAGAGAAAGCUCCUGGGAUCCUCCCUUAACCCCUGAAUCACCACAUGAUCUUCCUCCACCACUGCCCAGAAGGGGAAGUUUGAGUAAGACCGUCCUUCGUCGGGUCAGAGCCCUUUAUGACUGCCAGGCUGACCAUGAAGAUGAGCUAAGCUUCCGAGCUGGAGAAAUAAUCAUAGUAGAUGGGCAGGAGGAUUCAAGCUGGUGGUGUGGCUGGAUUGAAGGGCAGCCUCAGAGGAAAGGUGUCUUCCCAACACCAUUUGUUCACCUGCUAUAUGAAUAGAAGAAUACUCACACUAGUUCCUCCUAU